AUGCUAUUUAUUCCGGCGAGUGGGCGGCAGGGGAGGGUGGGCGUGACGUGCGAGACGAUGUCUUUGCAGCUGCUGACGGCGCAGAGCCGCCUGGUGGAGGCACUGGCGGGGAUGUACAUGAAGAGCACCAUGUUCAGGGCGGACGAGGGGCUCGGAGAGCUCUCGCUCCCGGGGGCUCCGCAGGCUUUUCUGCCGGUGGAGCGGGCCCUCUACGCGGCGGGAAUGAGGGACGGGGAUGUCGUAACCCUUGUGGACGGCCUGCCAGCAACGCAGGAAACCCUUGGGGCCUUGGGGGACAAGGCACACUCGAAUUGCAACGAGCCGUGCGUGGCUAGCGUCCGGUUGACGUUCCUUCGACCAUGCGGCACGAGCGUGCCGCCACGCUCGCCGCAGUCAGUGCUCGAUCUGUGGAGGGAGCAUGUCCGGGUGAUUGUCUUGAACAGCGUUCCCGAGUCCAACAGAAAGCACGAGGUCAUGCUGGAGCUAUCGCGGCUUCAAGACGCUACCACCCUCCGCGCGCUGGCGUGCCAAGCCUUCGAGGUAUAG